AUCCAAAACGAAUAUAAACAUGGACCCUUAUGAGCUGGAGUGCCAGGAUGAGGUUAAAAUCUGGAAUGAUGGACUGUGUUGCACAUGAGCCUUGGCCAUGUUGGACAUGGUCACCGCAAAUUGAAUCAGUGUCAAAAUCUUGAAGGCCAGGCAAUUGCAGCAACCUGAUUUUUCUAAGCAUGUCAUCCGUCCUCGUCAGCGUUGGAAUAGCUCUGCUCUCGCCUCCUUAUCCACAAAACAAGCUUAGGCUACGGUCGUUCGAAGUGCCAUCUGGGUGAGAUGCUUAUCGGCAUGCAAAGCUGAAAGAGCCACGACUCGACAAGUGUUCAUUAACAUUUCCACGUGACAUUACAAGAAAGGAGUGUAAAGGCCCGGAUCAACACUUUUGAACCGGCCUUAAUUUUUGUCUUUAGCAUCUAAUGAUAUGUAUUUAUAGGCUAAAUUACUUCCUCGGUAAUGUGUAUAUAUGAUCUUCAUAACUCCAAAGAAGGCGAAAAUGAAUCAAGCAAUUCGAUCAGUUGGAGCUCAGCCAUCAGCAAUUUUCUCCUCUACUCUGCAAUCUUCUUUAGGGCGCAAAAGUUCAUCGAUCAGCUUCAGGGCUGUCACGAGUUCUUCCAGGCGUCCAGAAAAUCCACAGAGCAUGGACCAGAAAUUAGAAAAUAAUCCAAAGGAAAAAACUGGGGACGUGAUGUCUCAUUCAUUUGGAGAGGGAUAUGCCACGAGAUCAGAUGAAGAAGGAUUUGGAGGGACUUAUGGAGGAAAUCAGAGUGAAUCCGAAAUACAAAUGGACAAGGAGAUUCAUGAAAAUCAUCCAGCUUAUGACAAGAGUCAGGGGAGUGAAGUGAAGGAGAAGGAGAAAGCCAGGCACCAAACUCACGCAUCGAGUUAAACCACUGGGAAGAUGGAGAAUAAUUGAUGUUUAUUUAUAUCUAUUUGAGUGCGACUAAUCUGUCUAUAUGACUAUGAAUGAGAGUUGCUCAUGUUUUUUUUUAUGUUUAUUAUUUUGUAUUUAUGUUCCUCGGACGUCAUCAACCCCUUUAAUUUUUGUUUUAAUGUACUGAUUCAGCAAAUGUUAUUUUUUAUGGUCCUUCAAACUCGAUUUGGCGUAUAGUUUUAACUGUUUUAUUUUAUCGGUGAUCAAAUUUUACCUAUCUGGAAACUGAUACAACAAAUCUGAUAUGAAGAUGAACAAAUUCUGCAUUUCCAUUU